GUAACAUGGAAAAAUGUCAAACACAAUUAUAGUUACAUUUUCACCCCCUAAAAUCUAUUAGAAGCAUUAAUAGGAAUUCUGGAGCUCUAACCGUAACUUUUCAACUCAGGAAACACCUUCUGGCGUAGCCGCCUAGGUCUUUCCGCUAACCACAGCACUGCUUCCUCCCCCGCCUCCCCCACCCCCCGUCUUUUUUUGGUGGCCAUCCGGAGCUCCCUCCUUCUCUUCUUGGUACGAUCUUGUGCUGCUUUUUGUGAUUUGGUAAGAGCGCAAUUCACUUUUUAUAGCUCCGAAGGCGAAGGCUGAGCUCCAAACCAACCAUGAAACUAUCGUUUUCUCUCGCUCCCAAACAAUCUUCGAGGCCUAACAUUAGGGCAUCGCGGAACUUCAACGAAGAAAGCUCGUCCAAGGACGACAAAGAGAACACUGCGCACGAAUACGUGACAGAGUUUGAACCCUCCAAAACCCUAGCUGACAGCCAGCCUAAGAAGCUCAUAAUCCCUCCAAAGCAGAACGAGUGGAGACCCGAGAAGAAGAUGAGAAAUCUCGAUAUCCCCCUUCGUCCUACGAGCGAUGAUUCCGAACUCCGUUUUGAGGCCGAAGCUCCGUCCCUAGCUGGGGAUGUGGCUGAUGAUUCUGGCAUGUCCUACGGUUUAAAUCUGAGGCAGAAUUUCAAGGGGAAUGGGGGUGCGAUCGUCAUUAAUGGGACAAAAUCAUCUAAUGGCGAUGAUGGCGUUGAUGCUGACGCCCCCCAGCAAUUUGCUUCAGGAGUGGAGGGUAUGCUAUUGCAGAAACUGAAAGAUGACCUGAGGACAUUGCCUGAGGAUCGUGGGUUUGCAGAGUUCGAUGAUGUACCUGUUGAGGGUUUUGGUGCGGCGCUGCUGGCUGGCUACGGAUGGUAUGAAGGGCGAGGGAUUGGAAGAAACACAAAGAAAGAUGUGAAGGUGUACCAGUUCAAUAAAAGGACUGGAAAGGAAGGAUUAGGAUUUAUACCUGAUAUGCCCGAUAGCCAGCUAAAGGGGUGCAAUGUAGUUUUAGACGGUCAGCAUGUUGCUGGGAGAGGUUCUCGUUGCCCUAAAUGGCUUUCUGUUGGUAGAGUUGUUAGAAUACUUGACGGCCGGGAUGCAGGUUCAAAGGGGAAAGUUUUGGAUCUAUUGUGUGCAGAUUCUGAUGCUCCUUUGGUUUCUUUGAAGCUUGCAAGGAGUGGAAAGGAAGUGACCCUGCAUAUUCAUGAGGUUGCAAAGUUAGGUUCUAUUGAGGAAGAGAAGUGCCUGAAGAAAUUGAAAGAGUUAGAUAUUCGAGGUGCAAAUGAGCAUAAGGAUUCAUCAAGUGGUCAUAAGCAUAGAGAAAGACGGGAAGGGGGAGGGGAGGACAAAAGGAAAGAUAACAAACGCAGUAGGGAAGAGGGAAGAAGGGUCAAGGAAGUGAAAAAUGACCAUGGCACUUCAUACCAAUCCAAUAUCCAGAACAAAGAAAAGAGGGCAACACCGACUUCAUGGCUUACUAGUGAUAUUCGUGUCCGGAUAAUUAGUAAAGAUCUUGGAGGAAGGCUAUACUUGAAAAAAGGUAAGGUUGUAGAUGUUGUUGGACCGAAAACCUGUGACAUAUCCAUGGAUCACAGUGGAGAGCUCAUUGAACGUGUGGAUCAAGGGCUUUUGGAGACAGCACUUCCAUGCCGAGGAGGUCGAGUUCUUAUUCUGUAUGGAAAGCAUAAGGGUGUCUUGGGGAACCUUGUGGAGAAGGAUUUACAUGAAGAAACUGGUGUUGUCCAAGAUAUAGAUAGCCAUGUGUUACUGAAUGUGCACCUUGAACAAAUUGCAGAGUAUGUUGGAGAUCCUAGCUCUUUGGACUACUAAUGCUUUUGUGUUCCUGCAGCAUUUUCCCAGAGAUGGAUUGUUUUUCAGAUUGAAGGUACUUUUAACUACCUGAUUAGUUACCAUGAUGGCUGAUCAGAUCCUGUAUUCUGGAUUGAGACAAAGAAAUCAAUUACCUGUAUGUUCUGGUUAAAGAAUUUCAUAUCCUUAUUUUAAAUCAGGCUUGUUAUGUGUUUUCUUGUAGUAGUAUUUAAGAUGUAAGUUCUUCUCACUAACUAUUUGUUGGAUUCGAAUCACAUUUAUAAAAAGAGGUUCUAAUGAGAUAA